AUGGAAGAUGAAAUGGAUGAGGGGGCUGGUAUGGAAGACGAAUUGAAAAAGAGUGUUGUGCUGGAAGAUGAAAUGGAUGAGGAUUGUUGGCAAAGAGAUUUGGAUGCAGAUGACACUUAUUUUAGUAUGAUGUAUAAAAAUGGUGAAUUUGUGUCUGAUGUUGAGUUUGGAAUAGUGGUUGAUAGGAGCAGUCCAAGGAGGUUCACUGCUUCCUUUCUUGAUUUAUAUUGUGGUUGGAGAAUUCUUGCAAGUAGGCUACUAGAUGGAGUUACUUGGGCUAUAAAGAGCAUAAAGAACUCUGAGCACACUUGUACAGGCCUAGAUGAAAGGAAUCCCCUAAUGACUGUUAAAUGGGCUACAAAAGAACUAAUGGAAGGUAUAAGGGCUAAUAAUGACAUCUCUGGAAAGACACUGAAUGAUUUCUUAUUUAGUAGAUAUGGAGUGCAUAUGGCAACCAGUACCCUUUACAAGAUGAGAGCGGUAGCAUUGAAGGACGUAAAUUAUGGGCAUGAUACUUCUUAUGGACAUUUGCCAAAGUAUUGUGAGAUGGUGAAAGCAACCAACCCAGGAUCUGCAGCUAACUGUGCAUGGAAGCAACUUAAUCCACCUAAUCCAUCCCUCACUUUCUCAAGUAUAUUCAUUUUAUUCAAGGCUGCCAUUGAUGGUGUUGUUGUAGGAUGUAGGAGUUUAGUGGGGGUUGAUGGAGCUCACUUGAAAGGACAUUUUGGUGGGGUCCUUCUGUCUGUUGUGGCUGUAGAUGGAAACAAUGAAUUGUUUCCUUUUGCAUGGGCUAUAGUUCCCAAGGAAGAUGAUGUGGCACUAACUGAGAUAUGGCCUGAAGUGGACAGGAGAUAUUGUUGUAAACACUUAGCCAAGAAUUGGAAAGGAUCAUUUCCUGGCCCUUUGAUGCAUUCACUCUUCUGGUUGGCCUGUAGUGCAACAUCUCCUUUCACCUUUAAAAAGGCUAUGGACAGGAUUAAGACUGUGAUUCCAAAGGCUUGUGAAUGGUUAGCUAAUUUGGGGAAGCAGUCAAGGUGGACAAGGCACAAAUUUGAUCCCAAAAUUUGUAGUAAUGAAAACAAGACCAACUUUGUAAAGAGUUUCAAUGUAACUUUGGGUGUGGAUAGAUGCAGGUAUAAGAAAAAUGUGCAUGGUGAGACUAUCAACAAGAAGACAAAAGUGCAACAACUGGAAUGA